AGAGGGUGGAAGACGGCGGUGUCCGGAGUCCAUAGAAAUAGGAGAGGAGGGGAGAAGGGGAGGAGGAGGCGGCGGGUAGCAGCAAGAAUGGCGUGCUCCACCAGCCUCUGCUUCUCGUCGACGAUUCCGUCUCCAGCCUCUUGCUCUUCCGGCUCCUCCCGCCUUCUCUCGAUCCGGCAAGUGUCCUCUGCCCCGUCCUUGUUCAGAUCGACAAUUCAAUACAAGCAACGGGGGCAUACAUUACACCGGAGAAGCCACAUGCUGGCCUUUGCUAGUGCAGAUGCACCACAAGGCAAAAGAAGCUCAGGUGAAAAUGUUGUGAUGGUUGAUCCACUGGAAGCUAAGCGUCUAGCUGCUAAACAGAUGCAAGAAAUCAGGGCCAAAGAAAAGCUGAAGAAGCAACGUCAAGCAGAAGCGAUUAAUGGUGCAUUGGCAAUGAUAGGACUGACUGUUGGAUUAGUAGUGGAAGGUCGGACAGGAAAGGGUAUCUUGGGGCAGCUGGCUGGAUAUUUGGCGGCUAUUUCUAGUUUAUUUGAGCAAUAGAGGAUCAUGAUUGGAGAUUUCUUUUUCACGUUCCUUGGCCAAGAGAGCUCUUGUCUGAAUCUUAUUUGUUGGAUCCAUCCAAUUUUUUGGGUAAUUAAUCUUAGCUGGCUGUGCAAUAACACAACCAGAUUUGUAUAUUUAUCAAGUACUAUAUCAUGGGCUGAACAUUAAUAUACAGUGUAACAGAUUUAUUCGAUGUACCCCAACAAUUUCUGAUGAUUAUUUGUGUUUAGUUGGUGAAAAAGUUUGAAUUUUA